AUAAUUAAACAAUGCAUCAGUUUUAACUGUAGGAAACACAGCUUAUGACUCUGUUGUCAGAAUACUGCAAAAAGUUUGCAUUAACAUGUCAUUUUGUUUUCUGAAUUAAUAUUCAAAGAGACAUAUGACAAUAGCCAAAGUCUUUGAGCUUCUAAAUACAGCUUUUAAAGCUCCCAAUUUCAAGAAAAAAAUUUUUUUUGACAUCUUUUGUUCCUUUUUAUUGCUGAUUCAGUGACUUGAGCCUAACUACCAAGGGAUUGGGUCUUGUGUGUUAAGUAAUUUCUGGAAGUCCCUGGAAAAUACCGUUGCCCUGAGAUGGAAGGGUUUGUAGUCUAAAGAAUAUUGUCUGUAUCUUUGUUGACUCACUGUAUUCACUGGAACUAGAUUUUGAAGGAUGAAUAGACAUUUUUAGGCAAUGAGGUAGGAUAAAGCAAUUUUUCCUAAAGAGCUGCUAAAAAUAGUUCCUAAAGUGAAUUAGAUAGCAAAGAAUUUAGUCAUCAAGUAAUUUUGAGAAACACUGUUAAUCUAAAUUAAACCAGUUUCUAUACUAUUAGACUCCUUAGAGGCUUUUCUAUACUAAUGAACAUUGUGAUUCUCUAGAAAUGGGGUAAUAUAUGAAUUUUCCAAAGCUAUCUAAUGGUGGAACCCACUUUUUAUUUUCCACCAAUGUCCCUUAACUAUCUUGAGGGAUUUGUGUUCCAUAAACAAUUUGAAAUUUCUGGGUUAGUGGUAUUCACAGCAAAAGAAUUACCAUGUUUAAAACCUUAUAAAGGUGACAGAGCAUGAUGUGUUUGGAAAAUAACUGGUAGUUUUAUCUAACCAGAGAAUGGUGAGCGGAUGGGAGCAAAACAGUGGCAGGAAAUGAGUUGGAUGAGACAAUGAAGUCACAGUGUUAAAAAUCUAUCCUGUCAGCAGUGGGGAGCCAUUGAAGACUUUUAAAAAGGGAAGUAGCAUGAACACAUUUGCAUUUUUGAAAGAAUGGACAUGAACAGGUAAAAUGUCCAGUGAUCGAGCAUUGAGGAAACAGCAGCAGUUAAACAACCUCGUUUAUGUGGUUACAAAUCAAGCCAGACCUGGUGACAGAAUUGUGGACUUCUGCAGCGGCGGGGGCCAUGUUGGAAUUGUGCUUGCUCACAUGCUGCCAUCCUGCCAGGUUACAUUAAUAGAAAACAAGGAAUUAUCUUUAGUUCGUGCCAAGAAGAGAAGUGAUGAACUAGGCUUAAGCAACAUUUGGUUCAUUCAAGCAAAUAUGGAGUAUUUUACAGGGAUGUUUAAUAUUGGGGUGGCGUUGCAUGCUUGUGGAGUGGCAACAGACAUGGUGAUUGAGCACUGCAUCAAAAUGCGGGCUUCCUUUGUCACAUGCCCUUGCUGUUAUGGUUUCAUUCAGAGCACCUCAAAGUUUAAUUUUCCAAAAAGUGAACAAUUCAAAGAAACACUAUCAUACAAGGAACACAUGAUUCUGUGCAGAUUUGCGGAUCAGACAGCUGUCCAGCUCCCACUCCAACGCAGGCUAAUAGGAAAACAGUGCAUGUGCCUAGUGGAUCUGGAUCGAGCAAGAGCUGCGGAAGAACGUGGUUACUCCGUCCAAGUGAUAUCCAUGGAGCCAGAGAGCUGCUCUCCCAAAAAUAACAUGAUCGUGGGAGUCCCCAUUUAGAAUGAGAUAUUCACAUUUGAUGUCUUGCCACUCGUCUUCAUAAUGGAAGCCAAGUGGCAUUCAGGGGGUUCCUGGCAUAACUAGGAAAUAGCAUUAGCCAUCCUGAACCUACUGUGCUCAGGAAAGAAAGCAGCAGGAAAAUCUUGGAAGAAAGGCUGCCUGCAAGGCAUCCCAAAUGCUCUUACAAUGUGUGAUUAAAGAACUCCUGGUUUUCAUAGUGAGAAUCCCCUGAGUUCUCAGCUGCCAACAGAGUAAUUCUCACUAGUGGAGGUUCCAUCACUGGAAUAACAAUUUCUUUCUUGGCUCACAGGCUUUUCUGAUCUUGCUAAUGUGACAUUCAAUUCAAAACAAUGAUCAUGUGGUACUUGGAACCUUUAUUUUACAAUUAUUUGGAUAUUCACAUGGGGCCUGAAAGUAGACUCAGUGGGGUUUUUUUUUUUUGUUUUUUUUUAAUAUUUUUAACAAUUGUACUUCUAUAUUUUUAAAAUAAUCUAGUCUGACAAUUACAGUAUGGUUAUUUCUAAGCUGGAGUUAGUUGGACUUGUGUAUCAUCUAAUACAUUUUAAAAAUAUUUUUCCCAUAAAUUACUAAAUGAGAUCAUUACUGGUCAAACAUUUUAUAUGAAGAGAUUAUAAAAUAAUUUUAAUAAAUUUCUCACUAUGGGAACAUAUAACUUGGAUAUAAAUUCUAACUAAUCAGUAAAUACAUAGAUUAUUUAGUUCAAUUCUAUUAACAGUUAUUGAGGAUCCAUUAUUUUCAAGACCCCAGCCUAGAUUCUUCUGAAAAUACAAUGAGUUUCAAGAGAUACUUCUUUGUCUAUGGAAGUAAAUCAUCUAAAAGAGAAAAAUUAAAGAAUUAGUGCAUUCUUUAUGUCAUAAUAUAAUGAGUGGUCACAGGAUUUG